CUUUCUUGUGAGAUAAACACCAACGUCUAGCGUUGUAAAACGCAGUUCUCUGCAGAAACUCCGGAUCAAACAAAAAAACUGUUUAAAUUAAGUAUAUCCCACGUGUCUUCAAUGGAAAUAUUACUCACUCCGCCAGUCAGUUCAAUUCGACUGAGAAGUGGUUUUCGAUCGCCACACGCAAUUUCAAAUCGAGUGGUCGCCUCUCCGCAUUCUGCAUGGUCUAAAUGUAGGGCUGACCGUAUUUGCAAGGGUUUACCAUCUGAAGAAGUUGAAUGCGCACCCAGCUUUCUUCACAUAAACGACCUUGACGAGGCGAGAAUUGAUGCACUGCUUACCCGCGCAGCCGAAGUCAAGUCAAUGCUUGUCUCAGGUGAUCGCUCAUAUCGUCCAUUUGAGGGCAAAACUCUCUGCAUGAUUUUCACGAAGCCUUCUUUGCGCACUCGUGUGUCAUUUGAGACAGGCUUCCAUCUAUUGGGUGGUCAUGCAGUGUACCUUGGACCAAAUGACAUUGGUUUUGGAGGUCGUGAAGAAACCCGGGAUAUUGCACGUGUUCUCUCACGAUUCAACGACAUAAUCAUGGCGCGCACUUUUGCACACCAAGAUGUCCUCGAUCUUGCGACAUAUGGAUCAGUCUCUGUAGUGAAUGGACUUACAGACUUCAACCAUCCAUGUCAGAUAAUGGCAGACGCACUCACUAUAAAGGAGGCAUUUGGGGACUUGCGAGGGAAAAAAAUCGUUUAUGUCGGUGACGGCAAUAAUAUUGUACAUAGCUGGCUUGAACUGGCGGCCGUGUAUCCCAUCCAUUUUGUAUGUUGCUGUCCGAGGGGAUUUGAACCCGAUUAUACUCUCACUGUCCAGUCUCAGGCUGCAGGUAUAUCCACAGUUGAAAUAUCUCACGAUCCUUUUGAGGCGGUAAAAGGUGCUGAUGUCAUUUAUGGCGACGUGUGGGCUUCGAUGAAUGCCGGGCAGAAGGAAGACGCUGAAUCUCGAUACAAGGCUUUUGAGGGUUUCCAAAUUAACUCUGCCCUUUUUGCCAUUGCCGGCCCUCAGUGUAAAUUUAUGCACUGCCUCCCAGCAGAGCGAGGGCUAGAAUGUACAGAUGAAGUUAUGGAGGCCGAAUUCUCACUAGUUUUCCAAGAAGCUGAGAAUCGCAUGCAUGCUCAAAAUGCGAUCAUGAUCGAGCUCCUCGGCCUUUGAUAUGAUUUGGUUUCUCAGCGACUCAAAGUGUAAGUAGGCACUCUGAACUCGAAAAGGAAGACAAAUUAGUGUAGUCCAUAUAUUGCUCUAUUCACAAUAGUGUAUGCAUAUGAAGGUAUGAUAGCUACGUACAUAUGUACUUCCAUACUUCCGUACUAAAAAUUAGGGCUAAAAGGUAGCUAGCUAGCUAGCUCUAGUAGUGUACAUAUCACACUUUCACUAGACUAUCUUC